AUGUCGUGCCCUACGCUCCUCAAUGCCAUAUUCGCCUUGACAAGCCGGCACCUGAGCUUGAAGGGGAAGCAUUUCGACACGUGGAUUUCGAACCAUUAUCACGAGCAGUGCCUGAAACAGCUUUCGAGCAUCUCUAGCGAUUCGCAGGCUCUGCAAAACGACGACUUGCUGGCGGCUACUAUUUUGUUACGGACUCUGGAAGAACUUGAAGUGCCAUUCCUUGGUACCGACAACGAGGGGCAUCUCCUCGGAAUACAAGUAUUCAUGACGGCGCAUGGACACGCUGGCACCGCGAGCAGCCUGCGAAAGGCCUCAUAUUGGAUUGGCCUUCGCCAAGAAGUUACCAUGGCCGUUGCGAGUCAACGGCCGAUCAAGACCUCGCUGAAUCACGACUUCGUUGACCCCUCGUUUACGACGGCGGACGACGAUACAUGGGCGAACAGAGUCAUUGUUCACUGUGCCAAGGUCGUGCAGUUCUGCUUCGGCAAAGGCCAUUCUUCCCUGGAAGAGUACCGCGCGCUGGUGGAAUAUGAGGAAGGGUGGCUACGCUCGAGGCCGUCGAGUUUCCUUCCCAUUGCGUACUGCGACCCGAGUCCGUCACGCGGGGAAGUGUUUCCGCACAUACUCUAUCUCAACCAUGCCAUUGUGAUUGGCGUGGUUCACUGCAUCCUUGCCCAAGCGCUUCUCAUGUGUUACGACCCCACGCUGCCUAGGGUAGGGCCGUCGCGGUUGGCGGCGCAAGAGGCUCGUGAAGACGGCAUCAGGCGACAGCUGCUGUUGCUUUGCGGAACGGCCCUGUCAAACGAGACGACUAUUCCGGCCAUGAUCACUUCGUCACUGGGCAUUGCGACGUGCGGCGACCGGCUCCACGACGAGAGUGAACGGAUGGCGGUGUUGGAUGUGCUCAUCCGGACCGAGACCUGCCACGGCUGGCCGACAGGGAUUAUACAGCGCGGACUGAAGGAGGCAUGGGGUCGGUCAGAUCCAUUAGACGUUUACCCGGCCGAUUGA